AUGCCAGCCCCGGACUCUCCACCCAUUAUCGUGGCUAGGUUUCUCAGAGCCAACAAUUAUAACGAUACGCUCUCGGCAUUUAUAUUAGAAGCUGGACUUUCGCGCGACGCUGGUGUUAUAGAGAAGGGGGACUUGACGAUCGAGAAGAUACUGGAAGAGAAGAAGGUCUUCGAUCUGACUUUGCGCUUCGAAAAGCCUGGUCUAGAGGAUGGCGAGAAGUGGACCUUGCCCGCUCCUUCAAACCCGACUCACAUCUCUACGUUGCCUUCAGCUACGAACAUCUUGCAUGUCUCUGUCCAGAAGUUCCACGGCGAGAAGCCUUUCCAACUGCUACUUGCCUCUACAGCGGAUAGAAAUUUGCAUCUUAUUACCACAGACAUGACAUUCAGCAUUUACAAGUCCCUUCCGUAUUUGCAAGACUCUCCCAUCCUCUCAUGCAUCUCUUUUGGCGAACAAGGACUAAAGACAAUUACGACUGGCAUGUCUGGUCAAGUUGUCCUUUAUGACCAUGAGAUGGCUAGGGUCUGUGACGAAAGGAAAGACCAUAAAAAAUAUGUUGUCAAAGUGGCGACUUGGGACAAAAUCGUUGUAACUGCAGGCUGGGACAACAAGGUGUUCCUUUACCAUGCAAGUGGUGAUUUCUCGAGCUUAGGAUCCCCAGUGGCUGCGACUACGCUGUCUACGAAUCCGGAAACAAUUACUUUCGUUGACCAUCCAGACUCUGACCAUCCGAUUCUCCUGAUCACCCGCCGAGACUCGACAUCGUUAUACUAUUAUUCGCUGGAGCUGAAGCUGCUAGGUUCCCAGAACCUAGCCCCUUAUUCCAACUCUUGGGUCACGUUCACUCCCGCUUCUGUCGAAGUAUGCCCCAAAGACCCGACAUUGCUAGCGGUUGCUACCUCUGCUGUGCCGCACAUGAAGGUCAUAAUCGUUAAACUGUUACUCCCAUCGUUGACACAAUCACCUUCAAACCUAGCCAGUCCUGUCACACAGGCGGCCCAAACCCGGAACAAUCUUGCCAUACAGGACAGAGAAGAAGCAGCAAUUCAAGUCCACGUUAGCACCAUGGCCCCACAAACACCAUACUCGACACCGCAGGUAGUGUGGCGCCCUAAUGGAGCAGGGGUGUUUGUAAAUGGAGACGACGGGGUCAUCCGCGGAUUGGAAGCAAAGACGGGGAAGAUUGUUGCUACCUUGCAGGGUGGACAUGAGUUGGGGAGUAAGAUCAGGAGUAUCUGGUGUGGGGUGAUCGAAGUCGAGGAAAGAAGGAAGGAGUGGCUUGUAACUGGAGGAUUUGAUCAUCGAUUGGUAGUUUGGGAUUAA